AUGGCCGCCAAAUUCUCCGCCAACGCCCUCAUCGAGCUGGCCAAGAACCGUCGCUCUAUCUACCAGCUCUCCAAGGACCUCCCCAUCUCCACCCAGCGCAUCACCGAGAUCGUCAACCAGACCACUCUUGAGACACCAUCAUCCUUCAACUCCCAGAGCAACCGUGUCGUUGUUCUCUACGGAGCCGAGCACGAUAAGCUGUGGGAUAUCGCUGCCGACUCUCUCCGCUCCAUUGUGCCCCCUGAGGCUUGGGAGGCCACAUCCAACAAGCUCGCCGGUUUUAAGGGUGCUGCUGGAACCGUCCUCUUCUACGUCGACAACACCACCGUCGAGAGCUUCCAGUCCAAGUUUGCCAUCUACGCCGAUCGCUUCCCUCCCUGGGCUGUGCAAUCCGCUGGUAUUCAGCAGUACCUCCUUUGGACUGCCCUCGAGGCUGAGGGUCUCGGUGCCAACCUCCAGCACUACAAUCCUCUGAUCGACGAGAAGGUUGCUGAGACGUGGAAGAUCCCCUCCACCUGGACCCUUAACGCUCAGCUUGUCUUUGGUGGCAAGGCUGGCGAGGCUGGCCCCAAGCAGUAUGCCCCUCUCGAGGAGCGUGUCAAGGUCUUUGGCGCUUAA